UUUUAUCGUUCGGCUUCGAGAAAUUUUCCAACGGUCGCUGGCAGAACGACGCACGGCACGGAACGCAACGCACAAGAACGGGAAAAACUAACCCAAAGCGCGCACAACUGAAAAACGAAGAAGAGAAAAAUAAGAAUAUUAAAAAAAAAGGAAAAAAAACCAAAAAGAAAACGCAGAGCAGAAAACAGUUUCUACUUUUUUUUGUCCCCAAAUAUAGUCGAAAAUGUCUUAGUGCAAAGGUGAAGCAAACGUUUUGAUUAAGCAAUUAAUUGAGAGCGCUUUGAAUAAUAAAAAACGAAAAGAAAAUAGAAUAACAAAAACAAAUAACGGCAAUUGCAAGUGCAGUGGGUGGGGAAAUGUUUUAUUAGAAUAUCGUUUGUGGGUUGUGGGUUGUGGGAUCGGGAGCGGGAGCGGGCAAGAGAACGGUUGGGAAAGUGCGGCGGGGAGGCGUGCGAAAAGCGCGUAAAGAAAAGACAUUAAUAGUCAAUUUUAAGUAUAAACAAAAGUGAAGUAAGUAAGAAAAAGCACAAAUAUUUAAUUUUAACAUGGGCAACGUGUGCAGUUCCGGGCAAAAAAAGAAAAAGGACAAGGACAGCUCAUCCGAAAAGUCAGAUGAUUCCCCACCUUAUCAGGAGAGUAGUGCGGAUAACAAGGAUUCGCUGCUAAGCAACGAUGCGAAUGAGACGGAUGAGAAACGAGCUCCAUUGGCAGAUGUGGAGGCGUUGCCAGAGACGAUGCAGCCAAAUGAUUCAAAUGGGAAUUCUCAACAACAGCAGCAGCAACAACAGCAAACAACAACAACACAGCCAAAGCACAAUGCAACAGAAAAGGAUUCGAAUAGUACGACACCUCAGGGAGCGCCCAGUGAUGUUGCACAUGCGAGUCCAGGUUUGGGUAAUCUGAGCGUGCUGCAGGGUAAACCACCGCCUGGCCGCAAGAUUGAGCGAGACAAGAAGAUUGUCAUCUAUAUAUUAGCCGAUAAUAGCACCGAGUACAAGAAGCACAAGCGUGUCAUCUACAGCCUGUAUAAACAUUUUAAAAGCAAGUGCCAAAGCAAAGGAUUCGAUUUCAUCAUUGCUGAUGUCCAUGACAGCGAGACGACCACGAAGGAGGGAACGGCAACGGGAACGGCGUCAAUGCAGGGUCAGGGACAGGAGGGACAGGGCAUUGGGAAUGCCAAGAAGGAUUUCUCUAGGCUGCAGGAGGUUAAGCGCUGGACGCAAACACCGCUGGAAGCCCAAGGAGGUCACGAGGAGGCUGCCAAUUGUCUGUGCGAGAUAACGCGUCAUGUUGCCGGCGCCUACAUAAUACCAAUCCUCUUUCUUGGCUCCACAUUGGGUACUCCGAUGCUUCCGCUCACGAUUGAAAGCCAGGACUUCACCUCGGUGCUGAGCGCGGCUAGCGAUACGGAGAAAUUGCUGCUGGAGAAAUGGUACACCAUUGACAACUCGUAUCAACCGAUGUGCCAUCGUCUGUUCACCCAACAGAUUGAUCCCUACUCCAAUCAGGUAAACGGUGAGCUUAACGAGCUUCUCUCCGUGCUGCUCCGUCUAUUCUCCGACGAUGUGAAGGAUUCGUAUCUGACCACCGUUGUGGAGCAGGAGAUCAACAAUACGGUACUGAUGAGCCAAGAGCUUGCAAAGCGUUGCAUUUGGAUACAAACUGGAGCUCAAUAUUCACGUGCUCCGGAUAAUGCCAGUCAACUGGAGCUGGAGGUUCUACGUCGCAUCACUCGCAUCUAUGCGGAGCUCAAGAACCAACUUUGCGAAAAGAAUCUCAUUCGUCUUCUGCCAACCAUGAACAUACUGGACAAUGAACUCUCGGCGGUAAUUGAAAGUCUUCUCGAUAAAUCCCUAACGGUCAUUUUUGAGGAGCAUCAUCAGAAGAGCAUACCCUAUAACACGCUGGGCGUGGAUCGUGUGCUGCUCGAGGAAUUGCAGCUGAUUGGACACUAUUCCAAGUUGCUCGCUCAAAACUCGGCAAAUUUUGACAUUAUGAAUGAUGUGAAGCGUUACAUCCGAGAUUCCACUGCUCAGCCCCUGAUUGUCUCCGGCUCGCGGGGGAGUGGCAAGAGUGUGCUUGUCUCCAAAAUCAUGGAGAAUGUGCAUCGCUGGAAACCGGAGGCACAGCUGGUGCUCAGAUAUGCCAAUCUGAGUGCUCGCUCCUCGGACCUCAGCUCCUUGUUGGGUUCCAUUGCCAACCAAAUGUCGGUACUGGAAACUGGACAACAAUGUCAGGUGCCACAUACACUGGAGGCUUAUGCUGGAGUGAUAAGAGAGAUUCUCGGAAGACAACAGCGUUUCUUUGUGCUCAUCAUCGAUGGAUUGGAUGCACUACAGCGGGAUGAUGCACUGGAUUGGCUUCCCAUGCAGUUGGGCAGUUGUGGCAAACUGAUUCUCACCGUCAGCGACAUGGAGGAAGAGGAUGCAUCCGAUGCUGGAGCUGAUGGUAAUUCAUUUGAUAUGCUCGCCGCGCUGGCGCAGUUGGGCAUUCCACAGCGUUGUUUCCUCCGGUUGCGUCAGUUCACGGAACGUCAAUGGCACGAUAUACUCAGUUCCGGCGGUGGCGAUUUCUAUGCGGCAAAUGGAGCACUUAAGUUGCCCGACGACUGGAAAUCACUGCAUGGCAAGACACCCUACCAUGCAAAGUCAUUGUGGUGGCUCGCCUGGCUGGGACAUGUGGCUCAACCCAUUAGUGAGAUUGGUGACAUCUCCAGCAAGAUACUACAGGUGUUGGAGAGUAAAUUUACCGCGGAUCAAGUGGAAUUGUUGCUCCUAAUCGUACGAUUGUCGCCAUGGGGCAUACGGGAAAGCGACUGCUUGGGCGUAUUUCAAAAGAUUACACAACUGGAGGCGCAGGUCGCCUUCAAGAUAUGGUCCAAGUUCUGUUGGUUGAUGGGACCAAUGCUAUUAAACCUUAAGAAUAUUAGAAUAGCGGACAGAAGCUUCGGACGUGCCAUCCUGGCGAGGUAUGCGCAGAAACAGUGGCUGGUACAUGAAGCUCUGCGGGACUACUUCGAUCGUCAGGACAGCGAGUUUAAAGGAAGCUCUGGCGCCAAAACCUACAACUAUCAGAAGUACUUAAAACUGCCUUAUCAUCACUUUUGUGCGGUGAUCGAGGAUAAACCGGCGUCGCACAAGAUUGACAUACUCUUCAAUUGCUUCUACUUUACGGAUCUGCAGUGGAUCGCCAACAAGGUGCAUGCCACGGGGCCCGAGCAUCUAAUGCACGACCUUCUCCAUGCCGAAUGGUUGGCUGGCAUUACAAAGGAAUCUUCUGGCUAUGUGCAUAUCAAUUUCCUCAAGCACUUUCUCAUACGAUAUCUUCAUGAACUUAGCUACGAUGGCCAACAGUUCUAUACGCUUAUGAAAUACUAUCUGAAAACGCGGCUUAAAGAGUCGUCCUUGCUCAAGGACGAUGAGAAGAUACGAUCCUGGUGGGAGUAUACCAAUGAGCUGGAGUUCGCCUUUCUUGAGAUUCUCAAUAACGAACUGGAUGCCAAUGAUAAUGAUGAUGACAAUGCCAAUGAUAAGCAAUUAACUGAAGACGAUACCAAGCCCAUCAUCAAAGGAUACGAUGUGUUAACGAAUCUGCCACAACCGGGUUGCUAUGUCGCCUCCAUGUCCACGGAGCGUGCCGAGAUUUGCAUAUGGGAUGUGAAGAACUGUUGUCGCAUACGUGAACUCCAUGGAAUACAGCAGCCUACGGCCAUGUGUCCAGUUGGCAACUAUGAAGCAGCUGUCCUCUGUCGACGAGAGAUUCGUGUCAUUAACCUGGACGAGGGCAAGUUUAAGGUCACACUCAAGGGCGUGAUGAACCAGAAGAUGCCCUACUUUGGACAGCAUGAUCAGAAUCACUUGGUUUGUCUCUCGCGCAAUAGAAUGUAUGUGAAUCUCAUGAAUCUGGAGUCGGGCGAUUGUGUGACUACCUUCAAAGCAGGCGAAGAUCGUUUUCUCAACUCAUUGCUGGUCUCUGGCGAUGGACGUAUUCUCGUUUGCGGCGAUGAGACACAGAAGCCUUUCCCACUGCUCGUCUGGCAUUUGUCGCAGCGUAAAUUGCUCUAUGAUCUUCGUAUUCCGCAUCAUGAUUUUGUCACUUCGUUGUCGGCCAUCACACACGAGGGCUCCUAUGUCAGUGUGGUGGCCAAGGAGCUGAAUGAGCCGACGACGCCCAACUUCAUUGUUGUCUAUGAUCUGCAGAGCGGCACUUUGUUCAAGAAAUGGAAGCCAAGCUGUAAUACGGUGUCCUUAGCCAUAUCUCAAUUGAAUGCCUGUGUCAUUGCCGGUCUGGAGGAUGCCAAAAUCUUGAUAUGGGAUCUAGUUACGGGCAAUUGCAAGUGCACGUUGAUUGGACACAAUGCGCCCGUCACAUACUUGAAACUGGAUCCACUUGGAAAGGUGUUGUUGUCCUACGACAAGGAGGGUCGCGACAGCGCCAUACGAAUGUGGGAGUUGAGCACAGCCAAAUCCCUGGCCGUUUUUAAGCCGCCCGCACAGAUCAGCACCUGCGAGAUACUGCCAAAUGGUGCAUUUGUGGUAUUAGCCCUUAAGGAUCGCAAUGAUCUUCUCACGUUGGCGCUAAAGAAUUAUGGUGGCAGCACUGCCGACGCCCUGGAGGAUGACUGUGGCACACUUUAUGGCAAUCCCGAUAACCAGCACAAAGUUUUUAACUUGAGUAAUUAAUAGAGGCAAAAAUCCGCCUCAAUCAAUUAAAAUUAGCUAUCAUUAUUCAAAUUAUACAUACAUAUAUGAACAAAGAUUACAAGAAAACUUAAAGAAAUGAAAUUAUAAUUCUGAAUUAUACAAAUAUCGCUAAACAAAUUCUCAUGCAUAAUUCAUUAGUUGUAUGUAAAAUUCUUAACUUACCAAAUGUACAAAAAGCUAAAAAAAAAA